UUGGGACCGGGGAAGCCGCAGCCCCGGGCGGAGAGGAGCGGUGCGGUGCGGUGCGGGACGCGCACCCGCUAUGACCAUCGGCGGUCCACGCGGCGGCGGGCAGUCCCGCCUGCAAAUGCCGUGCCUGGGCAAGAUGGAGCGGAUGAUCGUCAGCAUGCAGGACCCGGACAUGGGCAUCAAGAUGAGGAACCAGAGGCUGCUCAUCACCGUCAUCCCCCAUGCCAUGACAGGGAACGACAUCGUGGAGUGGCUCAUCCAGAAGUACGGCAUCUCUGAAGAGGAGUCGCUGCACCUCGGCAACCUGAUCGUGAGGCACGGCUACAUCUACCCGCUCCGGGACCCCCGCAGUCUGGUGCUGCGUGCUGAUGAGUCGCCGUACCGCUUCCAGACCCCCUACUUCUGGACCAGCACCAAGUGGCCGGCCACCGAGCUGGAUUAUGCCAUUUACCUGGCCAAGAAGAACAUUCGCAAGCAGGGCGACCUGAUCGAGCAUGAGAAGGACAACUACAACCUCCUGCACAAGAGAAUCAACCACACGUGGGACUUCGUAGUCAUGCAAGCACGGGAGCAGCUGCGGGCGGCCAAGCAGCGGCGGAAGGGUGACCGCAUUGUCAUCGACUGCCAGGAGCAGGCCUACUGGCUCGUCAACCGGCCCCCGCCGGGAGCUCCCAACGUGCUGGAGCAGGGCCCUGAGCGCAGGAACUGCCACACCACCCGCGUGCAGCUGGCCAAGAACAUGGACUACUACAAGCGAGAGAUCGAGUACUGCAGGAAGGCCAUGGCCAGGACCAGGGUGAAAUCGUCCAUCUGCCUCGAAGGGUACCUCAAGUUCAACGAGCAGUACGUGCCCCACGACCCCAUCAUGUCGGGCUGCCUACCCAGCAACCCCUGGAUCACCGACGACACCACUUACUGGGCCAUGAAUGCCCCCACGGUGACGACCCCCACGAAGCUGCGGGUGGAGCGCUGGGGCUUCAAUUUCAGUGAGCUCCUGCUGGACCCGCUGGGCCGCACACAGCUCCUCGAGUUCCUCAAGAAGGAGUUCAGUGCUGAGAAUCUGAGCUUCUGGGAGGCAUGCGAGGAGCUGCGUUACGGGGAGCAAUCCCGCAUCAAUGAGAUCGUGGACUCCAUCUACCAGCAGUUCCUGGCUCCGGGAGCCACGCGCUGGGUGAACAUCGAUAGCAAAACCAUGGAGCGGACGCUGGAGGGCAUCAAGACGCCCCACCGCUACGUGAUGGACGACGCACAGAUGCACAUCUACAUGCUGAUGAAGAAGGACUCCUACCCACGCUUCCUUAAGUCGGAGCUGUACAGGAACCUGCUGGCAGAAGCCGUCAUCCCUCCGGAAACCAAGAAGCGGGUGUUCCCUUUCAUGCGCAAGCAGCGGCACUCCAGCCCCAGCCCUGCUCUGCUCCUGCCUGCUGGUGACACCGAGGCCAAGGGUGAAGAGAAGAGCAGGAGUCCUGCAGCUGUGCCCGAGGAGGAGAGCUAGGCCCUGCCACGGCACCCUGCCCGCAGUAGCACUGAAGGAGAGAAGCCAUACAUCCCCUGCAGACCCCGCUCGCUGCCCCCAGAUCCUUCCUACCCCAGAGGGAGCUGGCGCACGGCCUGCCCCACGGGGCAAUCACAACACAUGCAGAAAUAAAGGAUCCCGUGGGGAAA